AUGCCCCGCCGAAAAGCACUCAUCAUCGGGAUUAAUUAUUACGGCUCGGAACAUGCAUUGAAAGGCUGCAUCAAUGAUGCGUACAAUGUCCGCCAAUUUCUUGUUGAGGAACGAGGAUUUUCACCGGAACAGCGCGACAUGGUCAUGCUGACGGACGAGCCGAAACAUGAAGGAACUCCGUUCUUCCCGACUGGCCAGAACUUGAUGGCUGCGUUCAAGUGGCUGGUAUCCUACAACAACCCUGGAGACUCGGUCUGGUUGUCAUACUCGGGCCAUGGUGGUCAAGUAGCGGACGAAGAAGGAGAUAGAAACUCGGGAUUCGACGAUACGAUUUGCCCCGUCGACUUUGAAACAAAUGGGCAAAUAACCAGCAAUACGCUACAUCAGCUCAUCAUCUCGCCGAUGAAUCCAUACGCACGAUUGACCAUUCUCUUCGAUUGUUGCCACUCUGGAUCGGCUGUUGAGCUUCCUUACACUUAUCGUCCUGAUGCAAAUGGUAAUAUCAAUAUGGUAAACAAUCUCAAACAAGGCGUGAAUCUUGCUAUGGAGGCAUCCAGCCUGCUUCAAGGUGGCUUUAGCAUGGAUAGACUCGACGAUGCGCGUUCUUUUGUAGCCGAGGCCACGACAUUCUUUCGCAGUUUGCAUCAUCAACCAGAGGCGGACCAACAGGGUCUUGUUGAUGAAGGCUUUCAGGAAGGUUGGCGCAAUGAGUCUAAAGAUGCUUGGAUGUUUAGCGGUUGCGCGGACGAUCAGACUUCUGCCGAUACAAGUAUUCGAGGACGUGCAACCGGUGCCAUGUCUUGGGCUUUCAUCAAUGUCAUGAGGGAAAAUCCACAACAGUCCUAUGUCGAUGUUCUAGCAAACACGAGACGUCUCAUUCAACAAAAUUAUUCGCAAAUCCCGCAACUAUCAGUUGGCGGCCAAUACAACCUGGAUCAGCUUGUUUCUUUCUGA